CUUUCACAUCCGGUUUCUUCAUUAAAUUAAUAAUUUUAUUCACUUGUUUCUAGAUCUUCUACAUCUAGAUAUCUAGAGAUUUGAUUCUAGAUUAAGAUUUUAACAGAGUUUGGUGGUCAAGUGAAUACUACACACAAAAUGCCUAGAAAGCGGCAGGAUAGUCCUCGAAAUGGUCAUGACAAAAGUGAAAAUAGGCAGGAUAGUUCUAGAAAAGGUCAGGACAAAAAUGAAAAAAGGCAGGAAAGUUCUCGAAAUGGUCAGGGCAAAAGUGAAAAUAGGCAGGAUAGUUCUCGAAGUGGUCAUGACAAAAGUGAAAAAAGGCAGGAAAGUUCUAGAAAAGGUCACGACAAAAAUGAAAAAAGGCAGGAAAAUUCUCGAAAUGGUCAGGGCAAAAGUGAAAAUAGGCAGGAUAGUUCUCGAAGUGGUCAUGACAAAAGUGAAAAAAGGCAGGAAAGUUCUCGGACUAAUCAGGACAAAAGUGAAAAUAGGCAGAAUAGUUCUCGAAGUGGUCAGGACAAAAGUGAAAGUAGGCAUGAUAGUUCUCGAAGUGGUCAGGACAAAAGUGAAAAUAGGCACGAUAGUUCUCGAAUUGGUCAGGACAAAAGUGAAAAUAGGCAAGAUAGUUCUCGAAAUAGUCGGGACAAAAGUGAAAAUAGGCACGAUAGUUCCCGAAGUGGUCAGGACAAAAGUGAAACAAGUGGUAAAGGACCUUUGGAAACAGGUAAGAAAUCAGAUGACCUCAUGUCAAGAACUGGAGGUGCAUAUAUCCCACCUGCAAAAUUGCGUAUGAUGCAGGAGCAGAUCUCUGAUAAAUCAAGCACUGCCUAUCAACGGAUGUCUUGGGAAGCUUUGAAAAAGAGCAUCAAUGGUUUAAUCAACAAGGUCAAUAUUUCUAAUCUAAUCAACAUUGUGAAGGAAUUGUUUCAAGAAAACAUUGUUAGAGGAAGAGGUCUAUUAGCUAGAUCUAUGAUUCAGGCCCAAGCAGCCUCUCCAACAUUUACCCAUGUGUAUGCAGCCCUUGUGGCUGUCAUCAACACCAAGUUUCCUCAAAAUGGUGAACUUAUUUUGCGCCGUCUUAUUCUGAUGUUUCGCAGAGGCUACCGCAGAAAUGAUAAGAACCUGUGCUUGUCAACCACACGAUUCAUCGCUCAUCUGGUUAAUCAGCAAGUGGCUCAUGAAGUGAUUGCUUUAGAGAUUCUCACACUACUUCUGGAGACACCCACUGAUGAUUCAGUAGAAGUAGCUAUUGGAUUUCUCAAGGAAUGUGGACAGAAAUUAACAGAAGUCUCACCACGAGGAAUAAAUUCAAUUUUUGAGCGUCUGAGAAAUGUCCUCCAUGAGGGCCAGCUAGAUGUCAGGGUGCAAUAUAUGGUGGAAGUCAUGUUUGCCAUUCGUAAAGAUGGAUUUAAAGAUCACCCAGCUGUGUUGAGUGACCUUGAUUUGGUGGAGGAGGCAGAACAGUUUACACAUUUAUUACAGCUAGAGGAUGCUGUGUCUGGGGAUGAAAUGCUCAAUAUUUUUCAUGAGGAUCCAAAUUUUCUAGAAAAUGAGGAAAAGUAUAAAGAAUUAAAAAAAGAGAUACUUGAUGAGGGUAGUUCUGAUGAAGAGUCUGGCGAUGAAUCUGGCGAGUCAGGCUCAUCUGAUAGUGAUGAUGAUGAAGAAGAGGCAGAGAAAGCAGAGGCUGAGAAGCAGGCCAUCAUUGACAAAACAGAAACCAACCUGGUGGCCUUGAGAAGGGUGAUCUACCUGACUGUCCAGUCUAGUCUUGACGUCAACGAGUGUGCUCACAAGAUGUUAAAAAUGGACUUGAAGCCUGGCCAGGAGGUGGAGUUGUGUAAUAUGAUAUUAGAUUGUUGCGCUCAGCUUAGAACUUAUGAAAAAUUCUUUGGUCUUCUUGGGCAGAGAUUCUGCCAGAUUGAUAAGAAAUAUGUUGAGCCAUUCCAACAAAUCUUUGUGGACCAGUAUGACACAAUACAUCGUCUAGAGACACAGAAGCUCAGGAAUGUGGCCAAGUUUUUUGCUCAUCUACUGCACACUGAUGCCAUCUCUUGGGGAGUACUUAGUGUGGUUAAACUCACAGAGGAUGAUACUUCAUCUGCAAGCAGGAUCUUUUUAAAAAUAUUGUUUCAAGAACUAGCUGAGUACAUGGGACUCCUGAAGCUGAAUGAAAGACUUAAGGAUCCAACUCUGGCUCCUUUUUUUGCUGGCAUUAUGCCAAGAGACAAUCCUCGUAACACCAGGUUUUCAAUCAAUUUCUUCACUACCAUUGGUCUUGGAGGUCUGACAGAUGAACUGAGAGAACAUCUGAAGGUGAUGAACAAAAUGGCGCAGCAGAAACAAGAGGAGGAAGAGAAAAGCUCAAGUUCUGAAAGCUCUGACACUUCUUCAGAGUCAGAUAGUUCAUCAGAUUCAGAAGAUGAGCCUCCCAAAAGGAAAAAACAGUCCAAAAAACAAAAGGCUUCUGAGAAUGAUCGUGAAAAAGCCAGAAACAAGGAUGAUAGAGGGAGUGUGUCAAAGCCACAUUCUAAGCAAAUGAACGGAAGAAAAAGCUCACCUACAGAAGAUUCCAUAUCUAUAGCAGACAGGCUGUUAAAUAUGGCACAGUAUGGUCAGACUCCCAAUGGUAAGAGAAGAGAGAAGGGGCGCAGGGACAAGUCUUCCAGUCCAGAAUCAGAUUCCAGAAGUCAACAGAGAAGCAGGAGAAAUAGAAUUGAUAAAAAGCAAAAUGAAGAUAGGUAUAAUGACAGAAGGCAUAAUGAUGACAAUAGAUGGAGUGAUGAUAAGAGAAGGCAGCAGGAAGAGGAGAUAAGAAAGAGUACAGCCGAUUAUCAGAAAGGAAAAAGAAAAAACGAUGACCACUAUGAUAAAAAGAGGCACGACUCUUCAGAUUCUAGUGAAGAAGACUUGGAUAAACAUGACCACCGGAGACAGAUAAUGGAAUCUAAAUCAAAGAAAAGACAUAGGCUCAGUGAGAAAGAAGAAGAAACUAAAUCUAAAAAACAGGUGGCUCGGAAGAGAAAAAUCUCAGAGGCCUCUAGCAAAUCUGACGACAGCUCAACUUCCUCAUCCGAGUCAUCAUCGACAGAGUCAUCAUCAGAGGAAGAGGAGGUGAGGAGAGCCAAGAAGUCCAGGCUAGGAGAGCAUAAGAAUGUGUCUAGACACAGAGAGUUGUCCAGGGAAAAGGCCAAGGUCGAAGACAACAGGUCCAAACGGAGAUAGCCCCAGUCAUGAAAUGCCUUCACAUUACUUGGAGAGUUACCCUGUGUACUGUAUGCUUGUUGGAUGCAUGAAAUCGGUAAAACUUCUCAGACACAAAUUUGAUUCUUCAUGCAAAAUGUUUCUGUGUGAGGUGGGUGGGAGGGAUGAUGAUAUUGAAUAGCAGAUUUUCGUUUUUCAUUUACGAUGAUUUGAUUGAAGAUUAGGACAGCAAUUUUGUUUAUGUGCUUGAACACUUGUAGACCUAAACAAGGUGUUUUUUUUUUAUAUAUAUACUUUGUGUUUAAAUGAGUCCUGAAACUGCUGAACACAGCAUUUAUUGUCAUUGUUUGUGUACAUUGACAGAUGUAGAGCCCUUUCACAGUGUGAUCAGUUGAUUGAGUUUUUGUAUUUUAAACAGCUGUGGACUGUAACAUUCUUUGACCUUUUUUUUUUUGUGCCAUGCUUCCAUCAUGUGGUGGAGGAAGCAUUGAGUUUGUGAGUGAUGUAUCAUGUAUAUAUAAACUUGAUAGCAUAUUGUUAUUGCAACACAACCAUUCUAUUAAACAAUUUAUUUCAACAUUGAA